AUGGAUGAAUCCUGGGAUUUUGAUUUUCUCCCUCCAGGCCUAGGAUGGACAGAUCUGGCGGAUCCUCGCGUGCUCAUGGACGAAGGAGUCCAGAGCAUUCCCAUAGACCCGUGGUUCCACACCACCCACGCGGAACUCUACCAGAAAUGGAGCGGGCGGUCAAGCCGACCCUCGUCCACGGCCUCGGCGUCUUCCCGACGGCUGAGUGGGAAGAGCCGGCGGUGCUCGAACCAUGAGGCAUUGGCCAAGGUGGGCCUGGCGGUGGCUGCUGCCGCCGACACAGCAGCCGCGAUCUCCCUUAUCCCUCGUCGUGCCAGCGGCAUACGCAGAAGCCCGGAUGCCAGUGGAAACCCCUGCCUGGGUCAAGAGAAG